AUGACGCUGCGCGGCCUGCCUCGCCGCCCUACAACUCUACAGACGGCUGCACAGCUCGCCUUGCCUUUCCCGCGGCCGGUUCUACAGCCGCCCGUCUAUAACGGAGACACUCACAAAGAUCCAGCGCCCACGUCUAAGGACAGGGCUGCCAAAGAUUUCAAAGAAUGGCUUCUCCAACGAGAUCCCUCAGAGAUUGUCGUUUACACCGACGGCUCUAUGAUAGCUAAGCAGAUGGGCCCCCCAGCGCACGCGGAGGACCCCGACACUGAAGAAAGACCAGAGGGCGAGUGCGUAGGCUUUGGCUACGUAAUCUUCCAAGGACAGACAGAACUCGGCCGCGGAUGCGGUCAGCUAGAACAAGCGGAAGUUUUCGAUGCGGAGGCCGAAGGCGCGCGGCAUGGUCUCAAGGCCGCUGUGGCGCUCUUCCCGGUCUUACGGGUGAGGCCGUAUAACCGAGGUGCCUCCCCAAGUAAUAAGAACAUAGAAACAGCCUAG